AUGGCUGCUGCCGAUGUGCGCGACAUGCUGGACUUGCCCGCUGAGGGCCAGCCCAGACCGCAUAAGAAGCAGAAGGUUGUCGAGAAAAGACCAGAGGGUAUCACACGAGAGCUUUACGCGCUAUUGGGUGAACGGGCGCCGCCUAUCGCUAUCAACGAGAAUAAGUACAAAGGGCGCCCAAAGUGGAUGAACAAGUUGCGAGUGCGGCCAUGGAGCAUGACCCCCUUUACCAACAACGCGCGCUCCGAUGGCUUGGUCUUGAAUCACUGGCAACGGAAACAUGAAUCAGCACGCCAACCAGUCCCCGACGGAACUCAAAUGGAUGUGGAUAAAACAGAGGGAAAUGGCGAGAGCAAGGAUGAGGGCAAGGAUGAAGCGCCUAAGCCUCUAGAGCAAGAAUACUCAUUCGCCAAAUACAACAUCAAGGCACGGGUGCCCCAGAAAUACUCAGAAGAGGAAUACAACCGCUCCUUGAAACACAACGAUUGGGACCGCGAGGAGACAGACUAUCUGAUGGAUCUGGCACAUGAAUACGAUUUGCGCUGGGUGAUUGUCGCGGAUCGCUAUGACUACCAACCCCGCGUCAACUCUGAAGCCGACGUGAACGCACUCGUACCCGCCAAGCGCCACCGAACGAUGGAGCAGAUGAAAUCGCGGUACUACUUCGUCGCAGCCACUAUUCUCGCGAUCGAACACCCCCCAUCCGAGAUGUCCGAAGCCGAAUUCGAAGUGCACGAGCGGAUGCUCAAGUUCGACCCAGACCGCGAAAGAGACCGCAAGGAACUUGCCGCCCUACAAAUAAACCGCACAGCAGAUGAAGUUCGCGAAGAAGCGAUGCUCCUCGAAGAGCUCAAGCGCAUUACAAGCAAUGAGCAAAACUUUAUCACAGAACGCCGCGAACUCUACUCCCGCCUCGAAGUCCCCAUCAGCGUCGGCAACACCGCAGCCUACCAAUCAAGCCAAGGCCUCUCACAGCUCCUGCAAACACUCCUCCAAGCAGACAAGAGCAAGAAGCGUCGCUCCAUCCUCGGACCCGAAAGCGGUGCCGUCGCCAGUCCGGCAGGUCAAACACCCACGACGGCGAACAACAACGGCGUCAGCCGCGGCGAGACACCCACGACCGGCGCCGCAGCAGCAAACAAAAAGGGUGGCGCUACCGCUGUUCGCGAAACACAACAGCCCAUCCGCACCCUCACACCAGCCGAAGAAUCGCGUUUCGGCGUCCACCACCACGAGCGCGUCACGGCGGGCGUGCAAUUCCGCAGCGAUCGCGCCCAGAAACUCACACAAGCGAAGUCCAACGUGCAAACCCUCAAAUUGGCCGGAGCACUUGCGGAACUCGAGAUUCCCGUCCGUCUGUUCAUGCCGACAGAGCGCGUAUGCAAGGAAUUCGAGCGCCUCAUCCAGUCCGUUAACCUACUAUUGGACGCACGCAAAGUCGCCGAGAAAGUCGACAGUGAGAUCCGCGUCUUGGAGGCCGCUAGGGCGGAACGGGAGAAGAAGUCUGCGCCUGAGAAUGGUCAUCCGGCUGUGAAGACUGAGGCAGAUGAUGGGCAUGGGAUGCUAGAGUCGACUGCUGGUAAUGGGGGCGCGGCUGAGAAUGAGGAUGAGAAGGGCGAGAAUGAUGCCGAGGAGGGAGAUGCUGACGGAACGCCCACUAAGCGUGAUGCUAAUCACAAGCGGUCUGCCAGCGUACUCAGUGGUGCCAGUGACAAGGAUACGAAGCGACAGCGACGGUAA